GAAGAGAAGAUUCUCCUUUGAAGUCAACUGUCAGAAAUUAUCUCCGGAUACAUCAAAUACAAAUUUGAUUUUUCCUCAAAUUUUUUAUGAUCAUGGUACAUAGCACAACACCAUGAUGAAGCUCUUAAUCGGAAUAUUCUUGAUCGGAAUACUCUCCGCCGCCGAUGGCCGUUGCAGCCGUGGCUGCGACCUGGCGUAUGCCUCCUACUAUGUGUGGCAAGAGUCGAACCUGACUUUCAUUUCCGAUAUGCUGCAGACCCCAAUUCAAACAAUCCUCGACAACAACCGUCAAAUCGCUAACCGAGACAGCGUGCUCGCCGAUACGCGUAUAAACGUGCCCUUCACCUGCGACUGCCUCCGCGGCGGCGAGUUUCUCGGCCACGAUUUCACCUAUAGGACGUCUCCCGGCGAUACUUAUGGAUUGAUUGCGGGUACUUACUACUCGAAUUUGACGACUGUCGACUGGUUGCAGCAGAAUAACAUAUACCCGGCCUUCAAUAUUCCGGACACAGGUGUGGCAUUGAACGUGACGGUGAAUUGUAGCUGUGGGGAUAAGACUGUGUCGCCGGAUUAUGGGUUGUUUGUCACUUAUCCUUUGAGGAUAGGGGAAAGCUUGGAGUCGGUGGCGGCGGCGAAUAAUUUGAGUGCGGAUUUGGUGAGGAGGUACAAUCCGACGGCGAAUUCCAGUUCAGGCAGUGGAUUGGUGUUUAUCCCGGUUAGAGACCAAAACGGGAGUUUUCGGCCUCUAAACAACAGCAAAGGAUUGUCUGGUGGAGCCAUAGCCGGGAUAUCUGUUGCUGGGAUAGCUGGGGUGUUGUUAUUUGCAGGUUGUUUAUAUGUAGGAUUGCUAAGAAAAAAGAAGGAAGAGAAGAUUCAAUUGCUCUCAACAGUACAUGAAGAUCAGUUACAACAAGUUGGUCAUGCUCCUGGAGACAUCAAAACACUAGAUUCUGCUGGUACUCGGGAUGGAGCAUCUCCAGGUCUUACAGGCAUUACUGUCGACAAAUCUGUUGAGUUCUCAUAUGAGGAACUCGCAAGUGCUACUGAUGACUUCAGUAUUGCUAAUAAGAUUGGUGAAGGUGGAUUUGGUGCAGUCUACUAUGCCGAGCUCAGAGGUGAGAAAGCGGCAAUUAAGAAAAUGGAUAUGGAAGCCAGUAAAGAAUUUCUCGCUGAGCUGAAGGUUUUGACAAAUGUUCACCACCUCAACCUGGUGCGCUUGAUAGGAUAUUGUGUUGAGGGCUCUCUCUUCCUUGUAUACGAAUACAUUGAGAACGGAAACUUAAGUCAACACCUCCGAGGUUCAGGCAGGGAACCACUGCCGUGGUCAACUAGGGUGCAAAUUGCUCUUGAUUCAGCAAGAGGUCUUGAAUAUAUCCACGAGCACACUGUUCCUGUCUACAUCCACCGUGAUAUCAAACCAGCAAAUAUAUUGAUAGACAAGAAUUUCCAUGGGAAGGUUGCAGACUUUGGUUUAACAAAACUGACUGAGGUUGGAAGUAGUUCGCUGCCAACAGGCCGACUUGUGGGAACAUUUGGUUACAUGCCCCCUGAGUAUGCUCAAUACGGCGAUGUUUCUCCAAAAGUAGACGUGUAUGCUUUUGGUGUUGUUCUUUAUGAAUUGAUUUCAGCCAAGGAAGCCAUAGUUAAGGGAAAUAACUCCGCUGCAGACUCAAAGGGCCUUGUCGCUUUGUUUGAAGAGGUUCUCAGUAAGCCUGACCAAACUGAAGAACUGCGGAAACUGGUCGACCCUAGACUUGGAGAUAAAUACCCCCUUGACUCAGUCCAAAAGAUGGCAAUGCUUGCCAGAGUUUGUACUCAUGAAAAUCCUCAGCUUCGACCAACUAUGAGAUCGAUCGUUGUUGCAUUGAUGACUCUCUCGUCUACAACUGAAGAUUGGGACAUCGGCUCUUUCUACGGAAACCAUGGCCUCUUAAAUCUGAUGUCUGGGAGGUAGGGAGUAGCAAUGAGCACGUCACAUCAUUGGUCCGUAUCCCUGCUGCUUUGGCACGAGUCGAGCAAUUGGAAAAAGCAAUGCCGUAUGUGUGUAAUAUGUAUAUGUUUCUGUACAAUUCUUCUGUGUUGUUAGGUGAAGACGGAAAUAGUUACCGUAGAUAAGUAACAUUGAUAUUACUCGAGCAAAUAUUGUAUUUAAAUUGGUGAUUUAUUUUCAAUUGGAUUUUCUAUUCCGAAU